CUACACUUCUGCAGCAGGAGCAGAGUUGAUGCACGUUGUGCCGGGCUGAAGCUCUGAAUCCCCGCUCUGCUCCUUAUGGACUCUCAUCAUGCGCAGGAUUAGAGCCAACGCCAUCGCCAUCCUAACAGUCGCCUGGAUCCUGGGCACUUUCUAUUACCUGUGGCAGGACAACAAGCCGCGCAGCAGCUCUCAGUCCUCAGCUGCUCAAGCUAAGAACCGCGGGCCCAAACCCGCCUCAGGAAGACUGGACAUCCGAAGGGAGGACAGGACUCUUCCACUCAUAGUGACCCAUGCUCCGGGGGCCGAGCAGCAGAGCCAGUUGUUGGGUAGUUUUGAUGAGAAAGUCUAUUUGGCUGGUAAACAGUUGAAAGCAGGAGAGGAUCCGUAUAAAGAGCAUGCUUUCAACCUGCUGGAGAGUGACAGACUGGGCAGUGAGAGGGUCAUUAGGGACACACGACAUUACAGGUGUGCCUCAGUGACUUUUGAUGCUGAUUUGCCCUCCACCAGCAUCAUCAUCACCUUCCACAAUGAAGCACGCUCCACUCUCCUGCGCACUAUUAAAAGUGUAUUAAUCAGAAGCCCACCCCAUUUGAUCCAAGAAAUGAUUCUGGUGGAUGACUUCAGCUCUGAUCCUGAGGACUGCCAGCUGCUCUCCCAGAUCCCCAAGGUACGCUGUCUGAGGAAUGAACGACGAGAGGGUCUGAUCAGAUCCCGUGUGAGGGGUGCCGGUGCCGCCUCCGCUCCUAUCCUCACCUUUCUGGACAGUCACUGUGAGGUGAACACUGACUGGCUUCAACCCAUGAUUCAGAGAGUCAGAGAGGACCAUACUCGUGUUGUCAGCCCUAUCAUUGACGUCAUCAGCCUGGACAACUUUGCUUACCUGGCAGCCUCUGCUGACCUCAGAGGAGGUUUUGACUGGAGCUUGCAUUUUAAAUGGGAACAGAUUCCUAUUGAGCAGAAAAUGGCCCGAACUGAUCCAACUCAGCCAAUAAGGACUCCAGUUAUUGCUGGUGGGAUUUUUGUAAUGGACAAGAGUUGGUUCAAUCACCUGGGACAGUACGACACUCAUAUGGAUAUCUGGGGUGGUGAAAACUUUGAGUUGUCUUUUCGGGUGUGGAUGUGCGGAGGCAGUCUGGAGAUUUUACCCUGCAGUCGUGUGGGUCACGUAUUCAGGAAACGCCACCCUUACGACUUUCCAGAAGGCAAUGCUCUUACAUACAUCAAGAAUACACGCAGGGCUGCAGAGGUGUGGAUGGACGAGUAUAAGCAAUAUUAUUAUGCUGCAAGACCCUCUGCUCAGGGCAAGACCUAUGGAAGUAUUGCAGAUCGUCUGGAGUUGAAAAGAAAACUAAACUGUAACUCUUUCCACUGGUAUCUGGAAAAUGUGUAUCCAGAGCUCAGUAUUCCAGAGCAGAAGAUUACAUACAGUCUGCUUCAACAGGGUGGACUCUGUCUGGAAAGCCACAACACAGACAGUCUGGGUCUGGCUGAGUGUAAAACUGGUUCGGGUAUACCUACCUCACAGAAAUGGGUACUGGUUGAGCCACAGAUUCGCCAGCAUGACCUGUGCCUGACAAUCACUGCAUUUUCCUCAGGGUCAAAGGUUAAAUUGGAACCAUGCAACCCUAAAGAAUCUAGACAGAGAUGGAAGACCAGAGGUCCAGCACUGCAGCACUUGAUCAGUGGAUUAUGUCUUGACAGCCAGCCUCCUGCAGGGCCGCCCAUUAUUGCACAGUGUCGCCCCCAGUUGGCCAGCCAGUCCUGGGAGCCUCAUUUACUCACUUGACUUUGAGAUGGUGUGGAAAAGGAGGGUGAGAGGGACCAAGUUCAGAAGGGUCGCAGAAGCUUGGUGUGCUUUAUGGCCCAGAGGAACAUGUCUGCACACUGUUUUAGUUGAAGGUGCUGCUUUUAGAUAAGUAGACAAU